CUAAGAAUCGACGACUCCUCGUGGUCUAGUCGAAAGGAUCGGUUCGUUCGUUCGUGGCAUGCAGGUGGCCGAGGUUUCGCCUGGAGAUCGAGCGGGUGGUCCGCAGGUUCGAGAGGUGCGUGGGUCAGAUGAGACGACUCGUCGGGCCCGACCAGCGCCUGGGGAACUACAGACGGAGUUGAGCCAGGAACGAGAAGCAAGUGGGAACGUCGCCGGUGAGGAGGAGGUGUCCGAGCAGGGGCUGUUCGGUGAGAGAUCGGCUGAAAAGACUCAGUCGAGAGGCAAGCGCAACUUGCUGGAUGAGGAAGAGCGAGAGGGACUAGGUGCUCUGAAAAGGCAGAGAAAGGUAGGAGGGAAUGCUCGGACGCCAACAACACGAGAGGGCGGUUCCGUUGAGAAGAGAAAAAGGGUUGGAGGUGGGGAUGAAACGCCAAAGGACUCGUCGACACAGCGAAGAACCGGUGAGUCUUCCGGGAUAAGGGCGAAAUCAUCGAGGGGGAAGAAAGCAUACGAGGGCGACAGGGGGGAGGGGGAUGAUGACGUGGAGAUUAACCUCAACGCCUUUAACCUCGACAAUGCGUUCUUCCUCGAGAUGCAGACAGGGGUGCAGAAGGACGUUGUGUUGCACAUCCACCCCGAAAGAAUUUUAGCUAUUCCAGACUGGGAAGACGCGUACAACCACCGAUCCUUGGGCGAAUUCCUCGUUGAUACCAUCGCGUCGGCUAUGAUCGACUACCACGAACGUAAAGACAUGAGAUACACGAAGCCCAUUUUCGUUCUCACUCAAGAGAACGGCGAGCCUGCUGUGCGCGUGCUGCUUGCUGACUUCGACAGCUCACACCCGGAAAAAUACUUGUAUUAUCCUGUGUGUGGACAGCAUAACGCGAGGGCGGCGAUGAUGGUGAAAGACCAUCCCGUGUUUGAUUACUACAACUUUUGUAAAUGGCCGUUCAGACCAAUCUACUUCCCUGACGACGAGUUCGACGGCUACGCCCAUGUCAGCUGCGAAGACAACAUGAAAGACAAGAAGAAUCCACCGCGCUUGCAGGUUUUGUCUAUGCGGGACAUUCGCAAUAUCUGGAAAAUAAAGGGCAAACCGCGUGUGGUGCUCGGCAAUGCCUCGAAGAAACAGGACGAGGUGCGAAAGUGGGUGCGGUUCAUGGCGUUGGCAAUGAAGAAGACGUCGUACACGCCUAUCUGGAACCUGUCAACGGAAGCUAAGAAAAGAAAGGAAUCGGCAGAGAAACUUCGAUACUACCUCCCGCUGGCCAUGGCAGAUGACUCCAAGUGGGUUCGGAAGACGACAUCGAAGAAGACGCAUCAGUUCGGAAACAACAUCUGGGAGGAGCCGGAUGUGAUGCACAUCCUUUUCAAAGGCGAGGAUCCUUGGCUACUGACUCACCCGGUGUACGAGGGAGAUGUUGCUGAAGACGCCGCCGCCGCUCUCCGAAGGAAACAGAAAGUGACACCCACGGAUGUGGAGGAGAAGUCUUUCAAGUCUUUGACUUUCGCGGACAUCGGAAACCUGACCCAGAGGGGGGCUCUGUACAAGGACGGCGAGCGGAAUCCGAAUCAGUUGUGCAAUCAGCUUCUUUUCUUCUGUGGUGUGGCGGAUGCCGUGCUGUUCUUGGGCAAGCCGCACGCGCAGGUGGUGUGGAGUCUGCUUCAGCAGGGAAGGUACGUCUUGGCCGUGGAUGGGGACACAACGCAGCUCGAAUACACCGUGCAGUAUGUCACCCAUGAAGUGYYRUCCAAGGCUUWCCYAUGUGAUUUCCACCAUGUCGUGGUCGAGCCCGUUUAUGACCCGAACAAGGACAUGUUCUUCAAGUUGACUCCGAAGAAAAGGCGCCAGGUCUACUCCUUCCUUUCCGACGAACAACCAAGGUUGAGAUUUGACCCGCAGGUCCUCCAGGGCUACCACGGAGCGAGUCGGGCUGGCGCUGUGAGCUUCAUUAAGAGGCUGGAAUAUGUCUUUUUUAACGAGGAUGUUGUUGAUCCGGCCGACCUCACUUUGGAUAAGUGCAACUUGAAGCUGGCAUUCGGUGAGGAGGACGACUUCAAUAUCGAGACUGAGCAGGAGGAGAGCGUUGAGGACAACCUCUUCGAUUUGGACGGAGAAUUGGCCAUCUUCAACGCCCAAAUUUUCGAGUCGCCAUCAGUAUGCAAACCGGGGACACCUCUCGCUACACCUACCUCGGGCGGUCCCACGCCCGUGUUCUCCUCAGUGCCUGUCAAGAGGGGUGGGUUGUCCCGUCUGAGGAGUUCGCCAGGGGAGCCUAUUCAAAGGACGGCGACGGGGAUGGUGAAGGCGGCGGGCAACGAGGUACCGGAGGUGGAAGUGAACAACGUUCGACGAAACAGCGGUCUCCGGGGCACGCAGGCGGCGGAGAGGGGAAAAAGGGCAGCCGGGAGAAGAAGAAGCCUCGCAGCGGAGAGAAGACAAAGCAUCACAGAGGAGACGGGGAACGACUUGAGGCCUGGGUGUAUUACGCGGCCCGGUGAGCAGGACCCUGUGAUUAGCUCCACCAGCGAAACACAGUUUGUCGAUGCGGUUGGCAGGGCGGGUGAGGCAAAGCAUGGAACAUGCUUUGCUCAGCUCCAAAAACAGUUGGCGGAUUGUCUCGGAUCAAUCCGAACCUCGGAGACGACCUCGUUGUCCGGAACUCAAUGCCUUCCGGAAAGCGAGACGACAACAUACCACGGGUCCGGCAGCGACAAGCUGGAACCGUGUUCCGUUUCGCCUCAAAAGGAAUUUCGGAUUAAUCCGAACCGCGAAGGCUCUGCCAUCGAGGGAGCACAACUGUCUACAGAACUCGAACGGGUGGUCCGGGUUUCCGAAAACCCUGGCGACGGAAUUCGGAUUCAUCCGAACCAGGAAGCCGUGUCUGCCAUGACAGACGAUCGGUGUCAAGAUGCAGUAAUGAUGUGCGUGGAAGCCCACAAGGAGCUGCAGGCGGGCUGUUGGACUGAGGGUGAGUUUGCGACCAGUUCCAAUGUCGAGCCCAACAGACUCGGAGCCGAGUUAGCAGUCGUAAGCGACUCCCCGGUGAAAGCGGUCAUGUCGGCGUCAUUGGAAACUGCGGGAGCUCGGAUGAAUCCGAACCAGGGCCUUGUGAACAUCUCCCUCCCUGAUGCAUCUUUGGAGACGACCGUGAUUCGGAUUCAUCCGAGGCACACGGACGAAGGACUUCAACUGGCAGGCGUUGAGGGUUGUCGACUACUGACGACUUUGGACAAGGACAAUUCCGCCGACCACCGGGUUGAUCCGACACUCAAGGACGUCGGGAUGGAGCUACCAGUUCAGCCGGGAUACGACGAUCCCUUGUACUCCGCCCUUCACAACGAGGCGACGGGGGAGGACGAUCUGAAGAAGGCCUCUGACGCUGUUGGAGAUAGAUUUCUCUAUUUGAGUGACGACGACAAAGACACAGCGUACGGGGACAAGAAGUUAAGGGGGGGAGAGGUGUUGUUGGACAUCCAUGGGACAUUGAGCCCAACACAAUACGACACAGUGGCAAUGGAGAAAACACAACCUGCCGAUGUUGUGGACGUCGACGAUCUUUGUCCGGAGACGAAUAUACCGUCUACGGUCAUCGACGCCGACAUCUCGAGCCUGUCAAGUUUCCCUGUGGGUUUGGAGCACGUCGUUGCCUCGUCGACGCGCGCAGGUGUGCCAAUCGUGCUGGGACUGCCAUCGGUGGGCUCUGGUGAAGUGGUAGCUAGGCCUGGUAAGCACUGACUUUCUCUGCUUUCUUCCCGCUCGUCAGCCCGUUCGU